AUGUCGGACACGCUGAGCGGAGAGCAGAUGCAGGCGAGAAUACAAGCGGCCAGGCGGGAGGCUGAAGGCCUGAAGGAUAGGAUCAAGCGGAAGAAGGACGAACUUGCAGAUACCAGCCUCUCGCAAGUCGCUCAUAGUAGCACAGAAGCACUACCAAGAAUUGGCAUGAAGCCGCGCCGCAACCUGAAAGGACAUCUUGCCAAAAUUUAUGCUAUGCAUUGGUCAACGGAUAGGAGACAUCUCGUUUCGGCAUCACAGGACGGCAAGCUGAUCAUAUGGGAUGCCUACACCACCAACAAAGUACAUGCCAUUCCCCUUCGAUCUUCUUGGGUUAUGACUUGUGCAUACGCACCAAGUGGAAAUUACGUGGCCUGUGGUGGGCUUGACAACAUCUGCUCAAUCUACAAUCUUUCCUCUCGAGACGGUCCAACGCGCGUCGCUCGUGAGUUGUCGGGUCACGCAGGUUACCUCUCAUGCUGCCGGUUCAUUAACGACCGAAAAAUCCUUACAUCUUCAGGAGACAUGACAUGUAUGAUGUGGGAUAUUGAAACGGGCUCAAAGGUGACAGAGUUCGCAGAUCACUUAGGAGAUGUCAUGAGCUUGAGCAUCAACCCUACGAACGCUAACAUAUUUGUCUCUGGGGCAUGUGAUGCAUUCGCCAAACUUUGGGACAUUCGUUCUGGCAAAGCUAUCCAAACUUUCGCUGGACAUGAGUCAGACAUUAACGCCAUACAAUUCUUCCCAGACGGCAAUGCUUUUGGUACUGGCUCGGACGAUGCUUCUUGCCGCCUUUUCGAUAUUCGUGCUGAUCGCGAGCUGAAUGUCUACCAGAAUGAACAAGUACUGUGUGGUAUCACCUCGGUAGCCUUCUCUGUGUCUGGCAGAUUACUGUUUGCUGGGUAUGACGACUUUGAAUGCAAGGUCUGGGAUACGUUACGUGGUGAGAAAGUUGGGGCACUAAGUGGCCAUGAAAACCGUGUAAGCUGUCUGGGGGUCAGCAAUGAUGGUAUUAGCUUAUGCACUGGGUCCUGGGAUUCUCUUCUCAAAAUCUGGGCCUGGUAG